AUGUCGUAUUCAUCUGGGCCAGCUCAUCGCAGCGUAUCGAAUAUUCGUCCAUCCAUAAAUUCACAGGGUGGUAGUGGUGCGCCUUCAACACCGCAUACGCCUGUUCGACAACUCUCAAACUCCUUUGGUUCGCCCUCUACGCUGCGUGCAGAAGAAGAAUGUGUAGUUAUUGAACUCGGAUGUCGAUAUGUAAAGGUCGGUUUCGCAGGCGAUGCAGGACCUAAAGCAAUCAUAAAUUUUGGACCAGAAGAACAGAGAAGAGCGGGGGAUUUUAGGAGAUGGCAGCCGGGAUAUGAUAAAGCUUGGAGGGAGAGGAUACAUGGGAAGAAAUGGGGAGAAGCACAUGAGUUAUGGAAGUUGGAUUUGAGGGAUGUGGACUUGGGGCUAGUGGGCGAUAAGAUUGAGAGAGCUAUUCCUACUGAUCGAUUCGAGGCCGAGAAAAAUACGAUGUUUACGAAUUUCCAAUCUCCGAAUAUAUCUCUGCAUUCUACACCAGCACUCACGACGGUAGCUGCAGGUCUACGAGCUGCUAUGAUUGUAGAUAUUGGUUGGAACGAAACCAUAGUGACUGGAAUAUAUGAGUUUCGAGAAGUAUCGAGCCACAGAUCUAUAAGGGCGACGAAGUUGUUAGGACAAGCGAUGCGCGCACUGUUGGCCGAAUCUUUCGACCCAAAAAUAUUGAUGCAGGAGUCAAUAGACGGCCAAGAAAAUGUGGCCUUGGAAGAAUUUAUAAGUUUCGAAGAGUGCGAAGAAAUAGUCAAUCGAAUGGCAUGGUGCAAACCAUCUCGAAAUUUCGUCCCCAAACCCGCACCCGAAAGUGGUCUUGCGCCACUAGCAGAAGAAGAACCCGAAUUACAAGCCGGUAUGCGAUCGCUAAAUAUCACCAAAGUCCCAGACUCCAAUGAUAUAGUCACAAUUCCACUGAAAUCCACCCUCCCGCCACGCAAACUCCGCAUUCCCUUUUCCCAACUUGCCCAACCCUGCGAAGAAGCACUCCUCGCAACCCAUCUCCCUACCCCCGAGCUCGACGAUGAAGAACUCCCCAUUCAUCUCCUCCUCUACCAAGCUCUCCUCCGUCUUCCUGUCGACCUCCGCUCUGUUUGCAUGUCCCGAAUCGUAUUUGUGGGCGGCGGCUCCAGUAUCAUUGGCUUGAAAGCCCGAAUUCUAGAAGAACUCAAUACGCUUGUCGAAGAACGAGGUUGGGAUCCCGUCCAAGGAAAAGCAGUUUCGCAAUACAAAAGCAAUCCUAAACUUACUCGUUAUCGCCAAUCACAAACACCCACUUCCCCCAUCGAAACCCCCUCAUCACCUCCUCUCUCCUCUCCCUCCUCUCCCUCCUCUCGCUCCUCUCGCUCCUCCUCCGCCUCCCCAACCGCACCUCGUCCCACACGUAUCAUCCCCGCCGCCCACCAAUCCCCAGAACCUGACUCCAUCGCCGCAACCAUUCACGCCAGAUCCGAUAAAUUCACCAUCCCCGAAGAAAAGGGCAUCAUACGAGCCAUCGAAAGUCUCGGCGCCUGGUCCGGCGCAUCUCUACUAUCGCAACUCAGGAUCCCCGCUGUAAGCUCCAUCGAUAGAGAAGCAUGGAUGCUGCAUGGUCUUUCCGGAGCAAAUCGUAAUGCGGAGGUGAGUGUAGCUACGGGUGCAGGAAACAGAGGUAGUAUGGGACCAGGAGCUUUCAAGGGUGGUGUUGGGGAGAAGGGGAGCUGGACCUUGGGAUUGUGGGGUUCGUAG